AUGACCACGUCGUCGCUCCUUCGCCCCGAGGUUGGGGCCUCGGGUCUCUUUUCGCGGGGCAUCCCCGGACCGUCGUCGGCGCCCCGUCGGGGGCCCGUCGCGGUCGCUCGCCUCGGCACCCUCGGCACCCGCGGGUGCCGAGGCGUCUCCCUCCGCGCGGUGCCGCUCGUUCGCGGCCGCGUCGCCGUCGGGUUCACCGCGCCGCGCGCCAUCGCCAGCGACAAGAUCCCGAAGCGCGCGGACGACGCCUCUACGCCGUCCGAGCUCGAGGAGAAAAUAUCGAGCCCCGACCCGGGCGACGCCCCCAAGCCCCCCUCCGCGGUGAUCGACGUCCAGUCCAUGACGUCCACCGCCUCGAACGACGACCCUGAGGCGGCAUCCGACGGCGGCGGCGGAUCCGGCGGCGAAGGCGACGGGGGAUCCGGCGGCGGCGGCGGCGGCGGCGACGAGGGUUCCGGCGACGACGCGCGCGGGCGACGCCCCGGGCAGCCCGAGCUCCCGGAAUCCAUGGUCGCGCUCGCCACGUGGGCGGUGUCGCAGACGAAGGACUGGUCCGCCGCCGCGGACGGCGGCCUCCGCGCCGCGUUCGGCACCCUCGUCGGCGUCAACUGCAUCACCGUGAUGCUCGUGCGGGCGAUGCGCGGCCGCUCGGAGCGGAGGCGACGCCAGCGGGAUGAAGCAAAGAAAGCCGCGCUCGAGGCCAAGAACGUCGCGGCGCACGAGGAGGAACUCGCGGCGUUGUCCGCGCGUCGAGCCGCGGAGAAGAACGCCGCCAAGGAGGAUCUCGCGUUUGAGAAGGAGGUGGGCGGCGCGGGAACGCCCAACACGUCGCCGGCGUUCCCACCCGCGCGCCGCGACCCGACCGAGGUGCUCAACUCGAUGAGCCGUCGACCCGAUGAUGCCGCCGCCGCCGCCGCCGCCGCGGGCGCCGCCCCGGGCACCGUCCCCCCCGCGUCGUCGUCGUUCGGAACUAUUGACGGGUUCGACACCGACGAGGCUGAGGACUUUUUCGUGCGCGCGCUGGAGUCGUACGACGGCGUGGACGCCCUCGAGGGACUUCCCGACGUUGAAGCUGCGGCGGCGGCUGAAAACGGCGUCCAAUCGCGAACCUCCCUCCCGUCCCCGUCCCCGUCCCCGUCCUCGCCGCCGCUCGCGGGCGAGGACGUGCUCGCGUUCGCGGUGAUCCCCGACGACGCGAGGGACCCUCGGGUCGUCGCGGCGCUCGGCGACGUCGCGCGCGCGCAGGCGGCGGCUGCCGACGCCAUGCUUAGCGCAUCCGCCGCCACGGCUCGAGCAGCCGACGCGACGGCGGCGGCGCAGCGGCUGCAACGAGCCAUCGCCGCGGGCGCGUCCGAGGAGGAGUUGAACGCCAUCGCGGCGCAGGCGGCGUCGGCGGCGAACGGGGCCGUGGCCGUGGCCGGGAAGGUGGCUUCGACCGUGGGAGCUAAAGUACCCGCGGGCGCGAACGUCGUCGGCGUCGGUCGAGCCGCGAAGGUUGCGGCUGGCGGCAUCGCCGCCGCCGCCGGCGCGGUGGCCCGCGGGGUGUCCAUCGCGACCCCGGUGGUGGUGGACGGCGCGCGGCGGUACGUGCCGGCGGCGGCGGACGCGGUCGGACGCGGCGCGAAGACGGUGUGGGACGGGGACGAGACACCCGAGGGGAAGAGGAGGCCGGGUUUGAAGACGCGGGCGUCGCAGUUCUUUGCAAAGUUUAAGCGCAAGACCGGCGCCGACGGCGGCGAGGACGGCGGCGAAACCGCCGCGCCGGCCGUGUGA